ACUGAAGAUGGCCGAGCCCAGCCCUGUCCAGUACGAGGCGAUGAUCUCGAUUGAGAUUGACGCAGCCAUGGCCCGUCCCAUGGCCGCCGAGGACGUCCCACCGACGCUGCCGUCGAUGCAACGCCCGUCCGUCAUGGCCUCGCGCACCAAGCCGUUUGGUGCGACCGACUAUGUGCUCGAGCUGCCGCACCGGAGCGGUGGUGAAGUCAGCAAACCGGACUCGUUCACGCAGAAGGCCUUUGUGCAGCUCAUGCUCGGCUUCUCGGUCACGGGCAUCCCAGCCGUGCUGCGGACGUCCAAGUGCUUUGUCUCGAACGACGGACAUCCCUUUACGAGCACCAACCCCGAGACGUUUGCGUCAACCGACUGGGUCAAGAGCCACAACAACGGUCGAAGCACGCUCACCCAAGGCACCGCGGCCAACGCAGACGUCAUUCGACGCAUCGACUGCCUGCGCGCAGAGUACCUCGAGUACAUUGGGUCGUCCGAGGCGACGACCGAGGCGCUCUUCUGUGAGCUAAUCGCCCGCGCCGUCGCCAAGCGCAUCCAGCUCGUGUGUGGGCUCAGCACAACCAUGUUUCACAGCCAAGAUGGAAAGCAGAUUCUGGUAUUGAUUCAAGCAGAUGAAGGCGACUUGCGUAUCCAGGCCGAGCGCACCAAGUACCGUCUCCAGACCUCCAACAAGCCCUUUAGCAGCGUGCAUGCGGACAAGCUCGCGCGCAUCGCCGCUGCGAACCCGACCGAAAACGUGCUUUCUGAUGCCAAGACCCACCUGCUCGCGACGCGCGGUCAUACCAAGGGCAUUUCGGUCAAAAACGAAGAACAGCAGACUGCGCUUCUCACGCGCGCGGAGAGUGUCGAGGACGACGAGCCCGAGAUGGACCCGUGGCUCAUCUCGCGUGGGGCCGAGUACCAAGUCAAGUUGUACAAAGCACUCAUGAUGUGGGGCCACAACGAAGCGGCCGACGGACUCUUCCCACCCCCCGCGACCCCCGAGACUCUGCUCAUGUCGGCGUGGCAGCGCUUCCGGAACGAGCUCAUUUACAUCCCGCGCGAUCCGUACAACUACUUUGCGCUGUACACGGCCUUUAAGAGCGACCCGAAGUUGCAGCCAUACUACCGACACCACCCAGGGACCGCCGCGAGCGCCAGCGAAGACACGCUGUUUCGGUCCGUCGACCGUAUUCGCCUCGUGCACUCGAUUUUGGACGAGCACAUCAACUUUGAGGCGCUCAAGGAGGCCAAAUACUUCACGGACCUCUUCGCUCUGCACGACAUCGCGGCGCUGCAGCAGUUCACAACGCACUGGGCGACAAACAAGGGGCUCACGCGGCAGCCGCUCGGCGAAUUGCGCAACUACUUUGGCGAGAAGAUCGCGCUCUACUUUGCGUGGCUCGAGUUUUACACCAAGAGCCUCCUCUUGCCGGCGGUGAUUGGCAUCAUCAUCUACGUUCUGGACACGGGCAACGUUGGGAAUGUGGCCGCGGGCAAGAUCUUUUUUGCGGGCUUUAUCGUCGUCUGGUCGACGUUCUUUACAGAAUUCUGGAAGCGCAAGACCGAGAUCUACACCGUGCUUUGGGGCGUCGACGUGAGCCUCGACAUUGACUCGGCGCCGCGCACGCAAUACAAGGGCGUGCGCCGCAUGAACCCCGUGGACAACUCGCCGCAGAUCUGGGACAUGGCCACCGCCACGGCGCGGCGUCGGCGCGUGGUGGCGUACCUCGUCGUGCUCUUGAUGGUUCUUAUCGUGCUGGGUGCGCUCGGCGGGCUCUUCUACUUGAAGCACCUCGUGACCAAGCUCUCGGACCCGACUGACGCGCUGUGGGCAUCGGUCGGCGUCAGUGUCCUCAAUUCGAUUCAAAUCAACAUUCUCAACGUGAUCUACCGACUUGUGGCCCAGAGGCUCAACGACUGGGAGAACCACCGGACGAGCGUCGAUUAUGAGAACCAUUUGAUCACCAAGGUGUUCCUCUUCCAGUUCUGCAACUCGUUUGCGUCCUUCUUCUACAUUGCGUACAUCAAGGCGUACAUUGGCGACAAGUGCUUGAACAACAGCUGCCUCAUGGAGCUCCGUGUCCAGCUCUUCGUGCUCUUCGUCAUCUCGACGUUUGUCAGCAAUGCAAUCGAGAUCGCGUGGCCAAGGAUUUCUUCCUACGCGAAGCGGUAUUUGGCCCGCACGCCAGAAGCCAAGACCAGCACGCCUCUUGGCCUCUCGGACGAAGAGACCCAAGCGCUGUGGGCACCGUACGAAGAGGACGACGCGUUCGCCGACUACAACGAGAUGGUCAUUCAGUACGGCUUUGUGACGCUUUUCGUGGUGGCCAUGCCGAUUACGCCGGCGAUGGCACUCUUCAACAACGUCUUGGAAGCCCACGUCGAUGCGUACAAACUCUGCAACGGCCAUCGGCGCCCGUACCCGCACCGCGUCGCCAGCAUUGGUUCGUGGUAUUACUUUCUCUGCCUCAUGAACUACUUGGCGGUCGCGACCAACAUUGGCAUUCUCUUGUUUACCCAAGACCCGGACGACAAGUUUACGAGCCACACGUCGACGACGGCCAAGUGGAUCAUCUUCAUCGUCGCCGAGCACGUGUGCAUCUUUAUGAAGUCGGCCGUGGCGGCGGCCGUGCCUGAUGUGCCGCGCGAGCUCGCGUACUUGCGGGACCGCCACAAGGACAUUGAAGCCACCGUCUUUCUCGGCCAAGUGCCCGAGACCGACGACGACGACCUCUCGCAGCAAGCCGAGAAGCUCAAUCUGUGCAUUCAUGCGACCGCAGCCAAGGCCAAGGCCAUACCCGAAAUCAAGCCCGCGCCGUAGCGAAAUUGCAUUGCGUUGCUUUUAAAUGCUCCAAAUUACAUGGUUUGCUGUUUGCUC